GACUUUCCUUACAUCGAUAAUGCUGCGUAUGCCCUCUUCAGAAUCCGCUGGUUAAAUUCGGUCCUGGCGACAGAUACAAAUGGGCAAGCAAUUCAGUGUCGGGAAUAUUUCUCUUUUUUAUGAAUAAUUCUACAUUGGUGAUGCUUGAUCCUCCAACCGUUGAUUUUAUGACAAGCCCGCCUUGCUGUCACCGUUGUGGUUUAUUGGUGAACAAAGGAAGUGAGAAAUUCGAUUUAGACUCAAAGUCAUGUCCUAAGGACAGACUUUGUCUGCCUAGUGAGAUGACAUGACUUAGAUACAACUUUUUGAAUAAGUAGCAAUCCCCGCCUGAAACACUUGAGUUCAAUCCUACGAAGUCAGUGGCCUGAGCUUUUCCAUAGUUAUUCUAUCUUCUUUGUCUUGGAGUGCCAUCAUGCCUUCCAACAGCCAGAAUCCACGGGUGAAGGAUAAAUCUUUUCCCAAUGCACUUAAAGAUCUGGAACUAUCGGCAGCAGCUGUACUUCAACACCUUAAAACGAUUGAUACUUUUGAUAACAUGCAAAAGCAGAUCGAUGACCUCACACGUCAGCUAUUAGAGGCCAAUCAAGCAUUGGAAAAGAUGCAAAAAGACCAGAGACAGCAGGAGCUACUCCAAGAGUCAAUGACGGCGUCAUUUGAGAAACGGGUCAUACAAUGGAAGGAAAGAGAAACCGACUUGGAAGCUCAGAUCAACGACUUGAAAAAUAAAGCUAAAUCAACUGCCCGACACCAAUUACAAGACAUGGAAAAAAAGGCAGAAGGAUACGAACAGACGAAGCGCAACUUGGAAGUCCAACUUCUGCGGCAAAAGACCCAGACCACCGAAUUAGAGCUUCGCUUGCAGGAAAGUCAAGCGGAGCUCCAAGAGCUCCAAGAGGAUAUUCAAAUUAUCCAUAAUGAAUCUGAUUGCUCCAAGUCCUUUGAAAUGCUCGAAACAUCUCUAUACAACCUUGCUCAGAAAUUCUUCACAGAACCUCUGGAAUAUGUUGACCAAGAUUCAGAUCGAUUUCAUCAUUCCCUCCAAUCAAUAUCUAUCUCCUACAAUGACCACCGUCUCGUCCCGCGCGCUCGAAUGGCACAAUCCCAAAUCGUACACCGGCUCGUUACUGAUAUCUUCAAACCCAUCUGCCUAGGAUCGCCGAAAGGUAGCAUGAGCAUGGGCGAUGCGCUCCAAAGAUGUGAUAGAAUUACAAGUCGCCAAAAAGCAAUCCUCCGAUCACUUUUGAUGCUCGCCUUUGAGCCAGAAGAAGUACGACUUCAGAACGAGACAAUCCAAUCCGUUUCUUCAGACCUGCUUCUGGAGGUAAAAAAGUUCUUGCGACCGGAGGACGAGAGCUCUUUUCGUCAGGAGCUAUUGGACUUCCUUUCAUCUGCCGCCCAAGUAUGGAAUAACUUCAAAAAGGGCUCGGAAUGGAUCAUGGCAACGUCCAAGCUGCAUUGCUAUCCUCAUGGCUGGAGAAUCAUUAAAGAGAACUUGGUUCAUGGGACUCCAGCAUAUGCAUCCAGCUGCCCUUCCCUAGUCAUUUUCCCCCAGAUCAUCCGCGACGGGACCGAUCCUUUGCUGUACCACGGCUCUGUAUGGUCUUCGUCUUCUGAUACAGACGCCCACCAACGAGAACACCGUAGUCGGCGAGUGUCGGAGUCUCGAACUCGCAGGAAUUCAGUUACGCUGAGGUCCUUGGUGGGUGCUGGUGAAUCCACAUGUCAGAAUUCGGAAUCGGAGAGAUCGCCUAAGCCGCUCAUAAAGCGGCCCCUAUUAGAGACUAAAGGGAAGGGAAAAGAUAGGUCCACUCAAAAGUCGGAAGUUUCAUGAUCAUAAUUCCGGCCAUACAAGGAGAUCUAUUGGAAGCAUUGGGGUGAUUUCUCUCGAUUCACAGGCUCUUCAGAGGCAUUUUCUUUGAGUCCGCUUCAAGUGAUAAUUGAUGAAGUGUCUCAGGGUGAUAUGUGGGUGCAACCGCGCUUUCCUUUAUUUAGUGG